AUGGGCAAGAAUCGAUCUGCUGAGGGCUCCAAGAAACGACGCCACACUCCAUCUGCCUCGCCUGCUGAGAAGAAGUCCAGAAAAUCUUCAAAGAAAGUCCGCCCUACUGUUGUGGAAAUCUCUCCUGUUCCCGUCACCACAGAUCUGGACCCCGUCCCUUCUCCUGUGGCUUCACCAUCACCAAGUCUCAAGACAAGUGAUGUGCCUGACCCUGUCGACACCGGCGUGGCUGUUCUUGACGAUGAUAGCCUCUCUGGAACUCCACAAGAUGAUCUGCCCUCAGAUCCUGAGGUUGCCCCCCGCAGUGUUGAGUUUCCUGUUCAACUCCGCCGCUCCAAUCGAAAACACGAAGGCCCAUCUGCCUCCUCUCCUGCCUCCGUGUCUGAAGGUCAACAAUCCUCUUCUUCUGAGCCUAUUCCUGAGGAUGACCCUUUGCGUUCUGAAUCCUCUGAUUCAUCUGUGGGCUCUCAACUCUCUGCUGGUAACUGUUUCUCUCCUCUCUUCUAUUCCGCUCUUGCUAAAGAAAAUUGGGAUAGUAUGAGUAAGCGUGCCUGCUCUCUUGAGCGUGUUUUGUCUAGGUCUGUCUUACCUUUGUCUGGGAUUUUCCGUUUUCUAAAAACUCAAGGGUUGCUUGGCACUAUUGUGAGUGCACAACCUUUUGAACGAUCUGUUAUUGUUGAGUUCUAUGCCAAUCUUUCUGAUCGCUUUUCUGUUGUGGGGUCUCGUGGGUAUGGGAAAGUGUAUGUGAGGGGGUCUUUCUAUUCUGUGACACCUGCCUUGAUUAAUGAGUUUUAUAAAUGUCCAAACGAGGUUUCUUCCAAACCCUCUGUUUCCAAAGACACUCUGGCCUCUGUCCUCACUGCCAAAGUUCUGAAAAAAUGGCCUGGUCCAAAGUCGGUUUUUCAUGUGUCUAAGCUGACUCAGCUGUACUCAGUCCUCUUUAAAAUAGGCAUUUCCAACUGGUUUCCCACUACUCACAAUGCUACUCUCAAUCCCACCCAAGCUGAGUUUUUAUGGUGCAUCACUCACGACCUCAAGAUCAAUAUUGGUGAAUUAAUUUUCACUCAGAUUGGUGCCUUAGCCAAUUCCCGCACCGAGC